UUUCUCUUCUCUCUUUUUUCUGUUGUGUACUUUCAUCGCGCAACAAAAGAGCGCCCAGUUUCACUUCUCCAGUACUCUUAGCUAUCACACAAUCGCAGGUCGAUAAAAAUGGCAGCACGACCAGGGGAGGAUCUAGCAGCUACUCUGUAUGUGAACGCUCUUCAAUCUCUUUAUACAGGUAUUUGGUCUAAUCUAUUCCAGGUUCGCAGAUAUACAUUAUUACUAUGGGCCGCCAACGGCAAAACCACCUCACCACAGAUUCGAUAAAAGCUCAUAUGUCUAUCUUUUCGAGAAUGCAAGUCAGAGAAGGGCUCGACUUGAAAUAGCUAAUAAUGCCGGUACUCCAGAUCAAGAUGCUUUUACUGGCUGUAAGUAAUGUAUCUUUGGCUUGAAUGCGAAAACACAAUUGCUGAUAUCGCCAUCAACAGACCUCGACUCUGCUCACGUCAAAUACUCUUAUAAACACACCACACUCGUCACUUUGACUGUAGAUGGACCCAAUGGACAGCAGCGAAACUGUCCCAUUGAUGCCCAAGAAUGGCAUUUACCUACUUUUGACCCUCGAAAUGAGACCAAAUACAUGUACAGACUUCACACUAUUGAUUUAUACUUUUGGAGUAAAGAAGAUGCACUCAAUUUUGUGAAUGGAGUGCGGAGGGUCUUACCACAACAUCAGAUUACAAUCGAGGAUGAGCCGAUACCACCGCCACCUCACGCGGAUGAGAUGAGUCCGGUGGUUCAACAAUUGGAAAACGUAGCUAUCUCUGAUCCUUCAUAUCAACAUGGUAGGACCAAGACAUCUCGAACUUCCCCUCCAGCUGCUAUAAAGGUCUCAUUUCCUGGACGCCCACGAUCCUCGAGUCCACAGUCACAAGCUCCUGCUACUAAUUUUGCCCCGAUGGCCUAUAAUCCAGCUGCACCAGCUGCUCCUGAAGUUAUCCAGCAUCGAGAAAAGACACCUCCACCCGAAGAUGGAGCUGGAAAUCCACUUGUGCAUGCAGCAACUUCAGACCAAGGACAAUUCUCUCCACCCUCACAAUUUCAGCAACAUCCAAGUUUUCCGGCAACAGCCCUACCACCGCAAUUUCAAAGGCAGCAAACUUUCCCCAUGAUGUCUCCACCGCAACAUUCGGCGCACGGACAAGGUAAUUUCAAGGCAGUAACUCCACCACCCCAACAUAGCAAUACCCCUCCGAACUCCAACUACCACGCUGGCUCUGUUUCAUCUACGACCGCACUACGUUCCCCGUUCUCCCCACAAUUUGCACCUCAAACCACUUCAUUUGCACCUCCGCCCACAUCAAACUCUCCUAUCACUUUCGCACCACCCCCCACUGACAACAACCCUCCUCUCGCAACUCCCACGGGCCCUGCACCACCCGCCUACUCCUCACCCCCUAUCUCACCAACCCAAGGGCCUAGAACCCAAUAUGCGACUUUCCCUUCUACCAGCUCCUACCCAUCCCACAACCUACCUACUCCAGGUCUCUUUUCCCCUGGUUUCGCCCCACAACACCAAAAUCCCCCUGUUUCCUCUCCUGCCCCAGGUCUCCAACCUCUAUCCCCUCCAGGAGGUUUUGCAAACUAUACGUAUACGGGAGUGCAAAAUAGUUCUGGACAACCGUUGAUGACACAAAGUGAUUACAAUAUUCAUCAACAGGUUUAUAGACCGACUGAAAUAGAGGCGGAGUUAAAGAAAAAUGGGGGUGGAAAGAAGAAGAAGGAUGCUGAAAAGGGACCCAGAGGGAGAUUGGAGGAUAAUGCGGCAAGGCUGGAGAAGGGAGUUACGGGGAUUUUAAAAAAGCUUGAGAAAAAGUACGGAUAGGUGAGUCUUGAGGUGGAUGACAGAAUGAGAGGAUGAAAGUUGGGAGGCGGAGAAGGAAGAUUAGGAAGGAGGGGAAGAUAGGUAAUAGUGGAAAAAUGGAUCUGUUGAUGUUGUUGUUAAUGUUGUAAUGAAUAAGUUUGUACAUUCAUUCCAUCCCAUCUUGAACUGUUUAGCCGGUUCUUUUUCUCUUUUUAUUUAUAGGAUUUUAGGAUUUUAAAUAAUAAUGCAAU